CAACAACAACAACAACUAACGGAGCAGUAAAUGUUAUGAUCUUGUGGCAAACCCGUUUGGCUAUUUAUCGGCAGUCAAUAUCCCAGUGACAUUCAAAUGAUGUUGAGAUCAAUUUUUGGUGCCACAGAGAAACUUUAUUCUUGUUGUGUGUUGCCCAAGCAAUGGAAUGUAUUACACAAGUGUGGGUUGAAUUUAGUUCCAGGCAUUCGAAUAACAUCAGUGAGAAAUGAAGGAGCAGUACGAGCUACUCCGGCGAGUGUGACCUUAGGCGUGAUGAAGGAGGACAGCAGUGAUGAGCCAGCUGUGAACCAAGAGGAUCUGAGAUUGGAAAGCCUGUUUCCUUCUGCUGAUACCCAUGGGAUGCUGAUAGAGGGAACAAGAUAUGAUGAGCUACCUAUCAUCCACAUCAAAUCCACGCAGAAUAAUACAGUUGUUUGUGUCACAAAACACACAGGAGAAGCCAUUGCACUUUCAUCAGGAGGUAUGGAGGGAUUUCGCAAUGCCAGAAAGGGCACAACCAUUGCUGCACAAGCAGCUGGCAUUUCAGUAGGGCAGAAAUCUGUGAAAAAAGGUAUUACCACAGUGAGGGUGUGUGUUAGAGGUCUGGGUCCUGGCCGACUGCCUGCUAUUAAAGGCUUACAGAUGGGGGGUGUAAAUAUUGUAUCCAUCACAGACACCACCCGGAUAAAUCAAAGAGGCCCUCGUCCCCGUAAACAAAGACGACUGUGAAAGCUCCCUUGUCUUACAUGUGCUGUGAAGAAGUACGCAUGGCUGUUUACAACUGUAAUGAUAUCGGACUAAAGGCUGCUUCUGAAGAUGUGCACAACUGUAAGGAUGUCUAAAGGCUGCUCCUGUAGAUGUGUAGAAAUGUAAGGAUGUGUAAAGGCUGCUCCUAUCGAUUUGUACAAUUCUAUUGGGAUGUGUAAGGGUUGCUCCUGAAGAUGUGAGGAUGUGUAGAGGCUGCUUACAACUGUAAGGAUAUGUAGAGGCUGCUUCUAUUACACAUAUGGGCAGUUGUAAUGAUGUGUAAAGGCUGCUCCUAUCGAUUUGUGCAAUUCUGUUGGGAUGUGUAAGGGUUGCUCCUGAAGAUGUGUACAACUGUAAGGAUGUGUAGAGGCUGCUCCUGAAGAUGUGUACAAGUAUAGUCAAAGGAUAUGUAAAGGCUGCUCCUGAAGAUUUGCACAACUGAUCAAUAUGGUUUGUAAAGGCUGCUCUUAUAUAUGCAUUUUGAUGUGUAAACCUGACGUUGGAUAGGAAAUUUGUAGUUUGCCUUGUUGUCACUGCUUGUGGAGCUGCGGUGAUACUAUGCAGUCAGUGACGCUUGAGUGCCUAUUUCUGACCUGGAACAUCAGAAUAAAUGUAAUGUUCACAUGCGUAUAGCACAAGUGGGAAAGUUCCUCAGCAAAUUGCCCAAGGUCAGUGGUCUAAGCCUGGCACUCUGGUUUCCUCCACCCAUUGAACUGUCACUGAUAACCACCAUAUACAUAUAUGAGUGAAAAGCUCAUGGGUAAGGUGUUCAGCACCAGUCAUAUGAAUUGUAAACAUCCAUGACAUUUUGAUAAAGGUAACCAGUCAGUGAGUAGGGUUAAUACGGAUAGUCCACCACAAAUCAACCAAAUGACCAGGUGAAGAACAAUGAACAUACGUCUUUAUUCAGGUAUACUAAAAAAAAAAAGAAAA